AUGUCGCCGAAAGAGCCUACACGAGCACAACUAUCCUCCCGUCUUUCUUACAGUCAGAAUACCCCCGCGUUUCUUCGCAAAUUCUCAAAUCGCGUGGCAGGCGUACCAGAUGAGGACGAGGAUGAGGACGAUGAGUUUGAAUACGAUGGGUCAGGCAGACCUCCCAUUCCGAAAAGGCCGGCUAUUCCCGAGCGACCAAGCGACCAAGCUGGAAGUGCAGACGAAGACGAUGGAGACGAACGGCCGCAGGUGGUAGUCUUGAAGGAGGGAAAGCAUCUGAGCCAGAGGGAAGCCGAGAAUGAGAGGCGGAAAGCGAAAGGACUCUCUCCUCUUCCAGAGCCUUCAGGAGUUGUACCGGCGGAAUCCCAUAAAACUCUCAAUGAAGCGCCCGUCAAGGCACGAUCGAAGGACAGCCUUUCAUUCUCCUCCAAGGCUGGAAUGAAACCUUUGGCAUCCGGGAAGAGGAAGGCUGUUGGUGAUCCUGGCGAACACGGCAGCAAGGAUGAGGGAAAAAGGACGAAAAAGAAAGCGAAGAAAGCUCCGCGCACUCUGCUGUCGUUCGCAGAUGAUGAAUGA